AUGCCUCCUCGCAUUCUUGCCAGCCCCAAGAAGAAAUGGGCCAAGCGCAAAGACGUUCUGGCCACGCCAAUGCAGGAACAGGAGGGCUCUACAUCCCUUGAUUCUACUGUUCCUGUCCACCCUUGGGCUCCAGAACCACCUCGUGGCAAGGGCCGAGGCUGUCAUCCAAAGGUUGCACCCCCACCAUAUACUUCAUCGGCUACUACAAAUGUUCCUAACACCUCACAUGCAGACGUCAGUACCGUGGAACCCUUACAGCCUCUUAAUCCCUUGUUCUGA